AUGUCCUCGAUACUAAAAUCCCUUCCAUCGAAAAGCCGAUUGGCAAAAGUAAGGAAACUCAGUGCUGAGAUAUUUGAUGAAUUCUGGAAUCCAACAGCCAAAAGAAAUCCAGCAAAGAUAUUAAAGAAGCCAUUGUUGGGACCUGAGGUGGUUAAAUAUUACGGAGACAAUAAUGCCGUUCCUACGUUUAAGGAUUUCAAGAAAUGGUUCCCCGAGUUGAAGUUGGUGGAUCCUAGGGAAGCACACAGGACGUUUAUGGUUGAAGAUAGAAAGAGGAGGAAUAAAGGUGCCCCAAAGAAGAAGAAAGCGUAG